AAUCAAGUAAAGAUAUGACAGAUCUUAAAAGUGAGGUAGCUAACAAACUAGAUAUGGUAUUUGAAGUUAGUGAAGUGCUUAGUCAAGAAAAUGACAAAUAUAAGGUCAAAUUUGAUGAACUAAAGGCACAAAAGUUACAAGAACCACUUCAAAAUAAUAAUGUUAAUUUAGAGACACAAGAGUUACAAGAACUACUUCAAAAUAAUAAUAUUAAUCUAGAAGCACAAGAGUUAUAA